CUCCUUCUAACCUUAUCGUAUUUUGUUAUUGUUUCCCUACCUAGGUACUUUUUUAAAGUUUAUACGUUCUUAUUCAACAGAUACCUACCUAGAGGUACCUACCUAUAAUUAUUAGUAAGAGCCUAGAGGUUAGGUAGAGGAUGUUGUUCCCCACCUGCCUUCCUUCCGGGUUGAUCCCUCGGACAAUCUCGAAAGCGCUGCGGUCUUAUAAUAAUAACCCCACCAACACCGCCCACGUCGCUUCCUACGCUUGUGCCUGUGCAGGUGUCCCGCUCUGCUAUAAAAUCUCACCCCGCCAAAAUAAGGGUCUUUCUACCUUGACACAACCCCCGAACUUUCCACUUCUAUCAACAACCACACCUACCGCCGCACCACGACGACGCUUUAAAUCUACAAUGGCCGCUAAUAAGGAAUACGUGCUUCUCGCUUUGGAGAACCCUCUUCUGGAUAUCCAGGCCCAAGGUAACGAGGAACUCCUCAAGAAGUACAACCUUAAGGCCAACGAUGCGAUCCUGGCUUCUCCCGAGCACAUUCCUCUCUACGAGGAGCUGCUGAACAACUACGAUGCCAAGCUGAUUGCUGGCGGUGCCGCCCAGAACACCGCCCGUGGAGCCGCCUACAUUCUCCCCCCGAACAGCGUCGUCUACCUUGGUGGUGUUGGUAACGACAAGUAUGCCGAUAUCCUGCGUGAUGCUGUCAAGCAGGUCGGCCUGAGGGUUGAAUACCGCGUCGACCCCAACACCCCUACCGGCAGGUGCGGUGCCAUUAUUACUGGCCACAACAGGAGCUUGGUCACUGACCUUGCUGCCGCUAACCUGUACGACAUCGACCAUCUCAAGAGCCCUAAGAUCUGGGAACUCGUCAAGAACGCCGAAUUCUACUACGUCGGUGGUUUCCACUUCACCGUCUGCCCUCCUGCUAUCCAGGCUCUCGGUGAAGAGGCUGCCGCCAACAACAAGACGUUCAUCGUAAACAUGAGCGCCCCCUUCAUUGCCGAGUUCUUCAAGGACCCCCUCGACGCAUCGUCUCCUUACUGGGACUACGUGAUCUGCAACGAGUCUGAGGCCGCUGCUUACGCCAAAUCCCACUCCCUCUCCGUCGCCGAGACCGACGUUGCGGGCAUCGCCAAGGCCCUAGCCAACCUGCCCAAGGCCAACACCAAGAAGCCCCGUGUUGCCGUUAUCACCCAGGGCACCCAGCCCACCGUCGUCGCUAUCCAGGGCCAGGAUGAAGUCAAGGAGUUCCCUGUACACGCCAUCGACGCUUCCAAGAUUACCGACACGAACGGCGCUGGUGAUGCUUUCGCCGGUGGUUUCGUGGCUGGUCUCGUCCAGGGCAAAUCCCUUGAGGAGAGUGUCGAUAUGGGCCAGUGGCUCGCACUGCUGAGCAUCCAGGAACUGGGACCUUCAUACCCCUUCCCCAAGCAGACCUACCAACCCUCCUCGUAGAUCAAUUUCCUCCUGAGACGGCAGGGGUAAAGAACCUGCUCAUACCAACCAACAACACCCCGGUGGCAACACCAAACAGCUUUGUCGUUACUCAACUUGGCGCAAAGGUCGGCGUUCUCGGGAAGAAAAUUAGGAUAGGGAAAUGGGGUAGGUAGAAAGAUCACGAUUAUUCUUAUUAUUUUUCAACAGGCGGGGGAGGUCCAUUUAACUGCUGCAUUUGCAAAAAGCGAAGCGAACUAAAGAAAGAAGGAAAGGAUAUAUGUGGUAAGGAGAAAUGCGAGAUAGGUUAGGUAUCUUCGCCCCCUAUUUCUUCUUUUACAAAGGUAUCUGCUGGGUUUCAACAACUGGAGGACAUCAUAUUUUCUUGUCUUAUCUCUUGUUGUUUCUGUAAAUCAUCAUCAUCAUCACCACCACCAAUGUUCAUCAGUGUGGCUCGAAGAGCUGCGUGCUUGGUGGGAGUGGUUGGCAAUGUCGAUACGUCGAUAGUUGCCUUUCGUAUAUACGCACAUAGAACAAUCAAAACUAUGUCUUACGAUCACGGAAGUGAUAAUACAUG